AUGAGGACCCUGGUCCUUUUGGCCGCUGUGGCGGCGGUGCUAUGCGCCGAGGUGAUCAAGAUGGAGGCCCGCAAGAGCCCGUCCAACAUCGCCCGCAUGAUCAAGGCCGGCACCUACCGCGAUUUCCUGGCCCAGAAGCACGCCCGCCGUGCUGUGCUGGCCAGCGGCUCGCAGCCCUUCCUCGACUACUAUGAUGACUUCUACCUUGGAGCCAUCACCCUCGGAACCCCGGCCCAGACCUUCAGCAACAUCGUGCUGGACACCGGAUCUUCCAACCUCUGGAUCAUCGAUGCUGCUUGCACCUCGCAGGCCUGCAAGGGAUACCCAGACUCCGGCUACACCAAGAACCAGUUCGACACCACCAAGUCGACCACCUGGAAGAAGGACGGCCAGCGCUUCUCCAUCCAGUACGGAUCGGGAUCGUGCUCCGGCUACCUUGGAGAUGACGUGCUCACCUUCGGCGGUCUGACCAUCCAGGACCAGAAGUUCGGAGUUGCCACCACCAUCGCCCAGGUGUUCGGCUACCAGCCCGUUGAUGGAAUCCUUGGUCUUGGCUGGCCAUCGCUCGCCGUCGACAAGGUCGUCCCCCCGAUGCAGAACCUCCUUCCCCAGCUUGACCAACCCAUCUUCACCGUCUGGCUUGACCGCAAGGCCGACCACAUCCCCAUGGGAGAGAGCGCCGGUCUCAUCACCUACGGAGCCCUCGAUGCCGUCAACUGCGACUCGAACGUCCAGUACGUCCCCCUGUCCGCCACCACCUACUGGCAGUUCCCCAUUGAUGGAUUCACCGCCGGAUCGUACUCGUCGACCAAGAAGGACCAGGUCAUCUCCGACACCGGUACCUCGUGGAUCGGAGCCCCAUCCGCCGCCAUCAACGGUGUCGUCAAGGCCACCAACGCCCAGUACGACUUCGAGAACGAGCUGUACUACGUUCCCUGCUCGCAGAUGAAGACCCUUCCCGAUAUCGUCUUCACCAUUGGAGGCGUCAAGUACAACGUGCCCUCGGUUGAGUACGUCGUCGACCUUGAGCUUGGACAGGGCAACUGCGCCCUUACCUUCUUCGACAUGGACGGCGGCGGCUUCGGCCCCAGCUGGAUCCUUGGAGACACCUUCAUCCGCGCCUGGUGCAACGUUUACGACAUUGGCCAGAAGAGGAUCGGAUUCGCCCUCGCCAAGCACCCCAACCUC